UCACUCAAACACAACACUGCAUUAUGGGACUUUUUUGGUGGCUUGUUUUCUUCGUUUCCUUGUUCCAUUUGCAUUCUGUUUCUUCACUCAACUCAGAUGGGGUGACUCUCCUCUCACUCUUGAGUCACUGGACAUCCGUGUCUCCUUCCAUAAAAUCCUCCUGGGUUGCCUCUCAUUCCACACCAUGUUCAUGGGUUGGAGUUCAAUGUGACCCUGCCCACCAUGUGGUCUCCCUUAACCUCACUAGUUAUGGGAUCACUGGUCAACUUGGACUUGAAAUUGGAAACUUGACUCACUUACAGCACUUAGAGCUCAUUGAUAACUACCUUAGUGGCCAAAUACCUCACACCUUGAAAAACUUAAACCACCUCAACUUUAUUAGCCUCUCUACUAAUCUACUCACUGGUGAAAUUCCUGAUUUCUUGACUCAAAUCCAUGGACUAGAGUUUAUUGAACUGUCUUAUAACAAUCUAAGUGGCCCCAUUCCCCCAGAUAUUGGCAAUUUGACUCAGCUCCAGUUCUUGUAUCUUCAGGAUAACCAGUUGUCUCGGACAAUUCCCCCAUCAAUUGGGAACUGUACCAAAUUACAAGAGUUAUAUUUGGAUAGAAACAAGUUGGAGGGUACCCUUCCUCAGAGUCUAAACAAUCUCAAGGAGCUUACUUAUUUUGAUGUCGCCCGCAAUAAUCUUACAGGUACUAUUCCAUUGGGUUCUGGCAAUUGUAAAAAUUUGCUGUUUUUGGAUCUCUCAUUCAAUGUGUUUAGUGGAGGCCUUCCUUCAGCCUUGGGGAAUUGUACUAGUUUAACAGAACUUGUUGCUGUGGGCUGUAACUUAGAUGGAACGAUUCCAUCCUCCUUUGGUCUACUCACCAAGCUUUCUAAGCUAACCCUUCCUGAGAAUUAUUUAUCUGGCAAGAUACCUCCUGAAAUAGGAAACUGCAGGUCUUUGAUGGGCUUACAUUUGUAUUCCAAUCGACUCGAGGGGAAUAUUCCAAGUGAACUUGGAAAACUGAGCAAAAUGGAGGACCUUGAACUGUUUAGUAAUCAAUUGACGGGUGAAAUUCCGCUUAGCGUCUGGAAGAUUCAACGUCUUCAGUAUCUCCUUGUGUACAACAAUAGUCUUUCAGGGGAACUUCCUUUGGAGAUGACUGAGCUCAAGCAACUGAAAAACAUCUCAUUGUUUAACAACCAGUUCUCUGGAAUCAUACCUCAAAGCUUGGGAAUUAAUAGCAGUCUAGUAGCUUUGGACUUCACAAACAACAAGUUCACAGGCAACCUUCCACCAAAUCUUUGUUUUGGGAAGAAGUUGAGCUUGCUACUUAUGGGAAUCAAUCAACUUCAAGGUAGCAUACCUCCUAAUGUUGGAAGCUGUACAACUCUUACAAGGGUAAUUCUCAAACAAAAUAACUUCACUGGGCCCCUUCCUGAUUUUGAUAGCAACCCCAAUCUCUAUUUUAUGGAUAUCAGCAACAACAAAAUCAAUGGUGCAAUUCCAUCAGGUUUGGGAAGCUGCACAAAUCUCACUAACUUAAAUUUGUCCAUGAACAAGUUUACUGGGCUUAUACCUUCAGAGCUAGGAAACCUCAUGAAUCUUCAGAUUUUGAGUCUUGCUCACAACAACUUAAAAGGUCCUUUGCCAUUUCAGUUGUCAAAUUGUGCAAAAUUGGAAGAGUUUGAUGCAGGAUUCAAUUUCCUAAAUGGUUCGUUGCCAUCGAGUCUGCAGAGAUGGAUGAGGUUAAGCACAUUGAUUUUAAGUGAGAAUCAUUUUAGUGGGGGUAUUCCCUCUUUCUUGUCAGGAUUUAAAUUGCUUUCUGAACUUCAGCUUGGUGGCAAUAUGUUUGGAGGCAGAAUUUCUGGAUCCAUUGGAGCAUUGCAGAGUUUGAGGUAUGGGUUGAAUCUAAGUUCAAAUGGGUUGAUAGGUGACCUUCCUGCUGAAAUUGGAAACCUGAAUACUUUGCAAACACUGGAUCUAUCUCAGAACAAUUUGACAGGAAGCAUAGAAGUUAUUGGUGAACUAUCUUCAUUACUUCAAAUCAAUGUUUCAUACAAUUCUUUUCAUGGUCGUGUACCAAAGAUGCUAAUGAAGAGGCUUAAUUCCUCAUUGUCAUCAUUUGUGGGGAAUCCUGGGCUAUGUAUCAGUUGUUCACCAUCUGAUGGCUCCAUUUGCAAUGAAAGCAGCUUUCUAAAACCAUGUGAUAGCAAAUCAGCUAAUCAGAAAGGCCUCAGCAAAGUUGAAAUUGUGCUGAUAGCACUUGGAUCUUCAAUAUUUGUUGUCCUGCUGGUUCUAGGACUACUUUGUAUUUUUGUUUUUGGCAGAAAAUCUAAGCAGGACACUGAUAUUGCUGCUAAUGAAGGUCUUUCGUCCCUUCUUAACAAAGUCAUGGAGGCUACCGAAAACCUAAAUGAUCGGUAUAUUAUCGGCAGAGGAGCCCAUGGAGUUGUUUAUAAAGCCCUUGUAGGUCCAGACAAAGCUUUUGCUGUAAAGAAGCUAGAAUUUUCUGCCAGCAAAGGCAAGAACUUAAGCAUGGUCAGAGAAAUUCAAACUCUUGGCAAAAUCAAGCAUCGAAAUCUGGUCAAGUUGGUAGACUUUUGGUUGAAGAAAGAUUAUGGUCUGAUUUUGUACAGCUACAUGCCAAAUGGAAGCCUUCAUGAUGUUUUACAUGAAAAGAACCCACCUGCAUCCUUAGAGUGGAAUAUCCGGUACAAGAUAGCAGUUGGAAUCGCUCAUGGAUUGACUUAUCUCCAUUAUGACUGCGAUCCUCCCAUAGUGCACCGCGACAUCAAGCCGAAAAAUAUUCUUCUGGACUCUGAUAUGGAGCCUCACAUAGGUGACUUUGGCAUUGCCAAACUUUUGGAUCAGGCUUCUACUUCAAAUCCUUCCAUAUGUGUGCCGGGUACAAUUGGUUAUAUAGCACCAGAGAAUGCUUAUACAGCAGCAAAUAGCAGGGAGUCUGAUGUAUACAGUUAUGGGGUAGUUUUGCUAGCGCUGAUAACAAGAAAGAAGGCAGUGGAUCCAUCAUUUGUGGAGGGUACUGAUAUAGUGAGUUGGGUUAGAUCAGUGUGGAAUGAAACAGGAGAAAUUAACCAAGUUGUUGAUUCAAGCCUUUCAGAGGAAUUUCUAGAUACUCAUAAGAUGGAAAAUGCUACCAAAGUGCUUGUGGUGGCUUUGAGAUGUACCGAGCAGGAUCCACGCAGGAGACCCACGAUGACAGAUGUUACCAAGCAAUUAUCAGAUGCUGAUCUACGACAAAGAACAAGAAGAUUUGUUGCAUCAUGGUAGAGCACAUGAUUCAACAUCUCCAAUAUUUCUAAGCCAAACAUGUUGGCCAGUCCCCUGUACACCAGAGAAAGAUGGGAAAGAAUUUAGAGAAAGCAGGAUAGAAGCUAUUGGAGUGCUGCAGAAAGCUACAAAUAGAGAUUCAGAAUGAAUGGAUUUUCGUCCACCCAUGUGAUGAUUAGUUAGCGUUCAUUUGUUUUUAACAACACAUAGUAUCCCACAAUGUACACCUAUCAUGUUUGAGUUUCUUGCAUUCUGUUA